AUGGAAAGCCUGAAACCGAAUGCAGACAAGACGGUGUGGGACCGUGAGCCCAGCGUCCCCAGCCGGCUCAUCGAGUAUGUAGACCAGGGGGUGCGCGCCAAGCUUCCCCCGGGAACGCAGGUCCGGGGCAUCGCGCCGAGCGGGAACUCGUACUGGGCACGGACGGCCAAGAUUGACGCCGUCGACGCCGCGGGGAACCCGACGCCCUUCUUCCUCAAGGUGCACCAGUUCGAGCACGGCCGGGACAUGGUGGAGACCGAGUUCGAGUCGAUGCGGCUGAUGCACGAUGUCAUGCCCGAGUUCGUCAUGCGGCCGCUGGCCUGGGGCGCCUUCACCGAAGGGCCCGACGCGUUCUUCCUGCUGGUGCCCUUCUACGACCUGUGCCGGAAGAGCAUCAAGCCCCCCGAGUACGUGGCGCUGAUGGCCGAGUUCCACCGCCGCGGCGCCGUCCCCGGUGGCAAGUUCGGCCUGCCGUUCCACACGUAUGCCGGCCGUAUCCGGCAGGACUUCCCGAUGCGCGCCACGUGGGAGCAGUGCUUCUUGGACGGCAUGGUCCCGCUGUUCGACGCCGAGGAGGAGGCGCAGGGGGCCGACGAGGAGCUGACCCGGCUGCGCCAGAGUUUUUUAACCAACGUCGUCCCGCGGCUCCUGCGGCCGCUCGAGACCGAGGGCUGCCGUCUUGUGCCCACGCUCUGCCACGGCGACCUGUGGUACGGCAACGCCGCCGUCGACACCAAGACGGGCCGCACGAUGAUCUUUGACGCGGCGCCCAUGUACGCCCCUGCCGAAUAUGACCUAGGCCCGUGGUUUGCGCACCGCGAGCUCCUAGGAUACGACUACGUCGCCGAGUACGUCAAGCACGUGCCGCGGCUCGAGCCGGCCGACGAGUUCGAAGACCGCCUCAACCUGUACUGGGUGUAG